CCCGAGCCCAGCCGCAGCCGCCGCGCGCACUUCGCAGCGCCGGGGCUCGAGCCCCCGGGGCUUCCGCCGGGUCAGCUGACCGACCAACCGACCCGUCCGUCAGUCCGUCCGUCCGUCCGGUGCGGAACUUGCCCAGCUCGCCCCGCUGCAGCUCGCCCCGCGCUCGGUGCCGCCCUCCCGCUGGUCCCGGUCACCAUGGCGGGGCUCGUGGUCAGUGGAACGCAAGUGUCCUACGUAGGCCAGGACUGCCGAGAAAUUCCAGAGCAGCUUGGCAGAGACUGCGGACAUUUCGCAAAGAGGCUGGACCUGAGUUUCAACCUCCUGAGGUCACUGGAAGGACUGGGCGCAUUCACAAGCCUGGAAGAGCUCAUCUUGGACAACAAUCUGCUCGGGGAUGACCUCGUGUUGCCAGGGUUACCCCAGCUGCACACCUUAACCCUCAACAAAAACCAAAUCACUGACUUGGAGUACCUGCUUGACCAUCUGGCCAAAAUGACACCGGCUCUGGAGUACCUCAGCUUGCUGGGAAAUGUGGCCUGUCCCAAUGAGCUGGUCAGCCUGGAAAAGGAUGAAGAAGACUAUAAGAGAUACAGGUGUUUUGUUCUGCAUAAACUGCCCCACUUGAAGUUUCUGGAUGCCCAGAAAGUUACCAGACAAGAACGAGAGGAGGCCUUGAUCCGAGGAGCCUUCAUGAAGGUGGUGAAACCUACGGUUUCCAGUGGGGACCACAGUGCCUCUCCAGAGCACCAGCUCCCGUACUCACCCCUGCCUUCUGCUUCCAGAGAGCUCACCAGUCAUCAAGGUGUCCUGGGGAAGUGUCGCUACGUCUACUAUGGGAAAAACUCAGAGGGUAACAGAUUUAUCCGAGAUGACCAGCUCUGAAGCCAAGUUCAGCAUGCCUUAGCUCAUUUUGUGAAAAUAAAAAAGAAUGAA